AUCUCGACAACGGACCUAUUAUUUUGGGUGUUGUUGAAACCCUAAAAUAUUAUAUUCAUCUUAUUUCUUGCUAUUUUUGUCAAGUCAUCCUCCAAUUCAAAGAUGCGGUCGGGAUUUUAACAUUGGAAUUAUCCACGGUCGUUCAUGUUCAUAUCACCGAAAGCCUGCAAUCUUUACAACUAGAAUUUGUUCAAGAUGUCUACCAGCCACAGUCCUGUCCGUGUGGUGCUAAUUUUUACCGCCUUUCUGUUUUUCCUGGUGGCCAUUGUAUUCAAUGUUUUAUCUUUCUAUGGCGGACAAGAACUGGGUAUUUUUAGAGCAGAUAUGCUAGAAAAUGCCACCAUGGAAUAUUAUACCGAAGUCGGACCUGCUAGUUGGACGUUUGGUUUGUGGGCAUUGAUAUAUGUUUGGCAGGCGUUAUGGUUGGUGUAUGCCUUGUCGACUGUUUGUAGAACCCGAGACGGUGAAUACCUCUACACCAUGGAGUUCAUGUCCCCAGGAGUAUUCCUCAUGUUUAUAAUCAAUUUAUGUUUUAAUGUGGCCUGGUUGAUUAUAUGGGAUCGUCGUUAUGUCAUUUUAGCUUUCAUAAUCAUCGCUUUGUUACCAUUUACUCUCUACGUCUCUCUUUACUUCUCUUUUUCACGUCUGUACAGAAAUAUCGACGUCAUGUUCAAACGUCAUAUGGAUACUGACGUCUGGUUAGUACGUCAUCUGAUGCAGAAUGGUCUCUCGUGCUAUGCCGCAUGGGUUACUAUAGCUACCAUGGUGAGCCUGACGACAUUGUUGACGUAUUCGAUCGGCGUUCCACAGUCGACGUCCUCGUCCAUUGUUUUAUGUGUUAUUGCAGUAGAGGUUGUCAUAUGGUUUUUACUAGAUGUGAUUUUAUUUGAUAAAUACACACGCUACGUCUACUCGCCAUAUAUCGUACAAGCAGUAGCAGCCGCGGGAAUAAUGGCACAGAAUUAUGACCUGAACAAACGAUUCCUAAAUUCUAUUUUUAUGUUAUGUUUAGUUGCCGUGGCAGGUGCUUUACUCAUUGCUAAAAUCUUCAUUAUUCUUAUUCGCCAUUUUGUAACUCCCAAAUCAAAAGGUAGUAAAAGAUAUUAUGUAGGCGACACUUUAAAUACAUCAAUGGUCCGUAUGUCAUAAAGCCGGGACUGUCGUUUUAUAGAAAAUUAAUCAGGGAAACUGUUUUUUACAACUGUCAAAAGAAUCACCCUAUAAAUCAAUUCCAUGGAAAAGACAAAGACAAAAUCUUAAAGCAUAUUAGAGUGUAGUGCUUGGCCCGCUACAGCAGUUUUUUGAGUAUGUUCUGCUUUUGAACAGUUAAUUACAUUGAAAAGAAAAGUGCGGCAUGGAUUUAAAAUAGAUGUGAAUGAGAUAGAAAGAUAUAAUUUAUUCCAAUUCUACAAGUGGAUCUAAGAAAGAGACUUCUAGACAAUUUCUAAGUUUAAUGAUUUCAGGAAAGCUUUUGAUUGAGUGUGUGGUGAUAGUCUAGUGGGUAUUUUAUAUUUAUAGACGUAUUUAAUAUAUAAUUAAAAGAUAUUUCAUUCACUUUAUUAGUCUUUUUUAAGGAUAUUCCGUAAACUAAGUAUUUCAUUGCUUGUAUUUACGCCAUCUGUAUAGUCAUCUAAAUAUUUACUUUAUCAGCUGAUAGAACUCAAUUUCAGCUAUCUGUAUAGUCAUCUAAAUAUUUACUUUAUCAGCUGAUAGAACUCAAUUUCAGCUAUCUGUAUAGUCAUCUAAAUAUUAUUCACUUUACCAGCUGAUAGAGCUCAAUUUCAGCUUUCUGUAUAGUCAUCUAAAUAUUUACUUUAUCAGCUGAUAGAACUCAAUUUCAGCUAUCUGUAUAGUCAUCUAAAUAUUUACUAUACCAGCUGAUAGAACUCAAUAUCAGCCAUCUGUAUAGUCAUCUAAAUAUUUACUUUAUCAGCUGAUAAAACUCAAUUUCAGCUAUCUGUAUGGUCAUCUAAAUAUUAUUCACUUUACCAGCUGAUAGAGCUCAAUUUCAGCUAUCUGUAUAGUCAUCUAAAUAUUUACUUUACCAGCUGAUAGAGCUCAAUUUCAGCUAUCUGUAUAGUCAUAUAAAUAUUUACUUUACC